GAUUCCGCGGACACAACUACAGUACCGACUCCCACGCAAGCGCCGCCGCCUUCAAAACCGCCUCAGACAGUCGCCGGCUUCAUAGUAGAAGAAAGUGAUGAUGAGGAACAGGACUCGAGCGCGCCGCCUGCCCCUUCUCAGGUUAAUGGCAGCGCCGGCGCGCAUUCUGGUCUCGGUGCAGUGGCCGUUUCUGAGGCGCAGGAUGUAUUGUUACGUAGUGAACCGCAUGACACUGCUACUCCUACUAGCACAAGUCUCAAUGGGUCCACCACUGUUCCCGUCCCAGCAUCUACUACUUCCUCUACUGCUCCAGAUUCCUCUUUGCAGCCUCCAGCUCCAGGUCCAGCUUCUGAACAGGGUAAGGCCAUUUCGCCAGCAGCUACUCCACAAGCAGUUCAACCAGCAGCUCAACAUUCCACAAACGGCAUGUCAGCAGCCCUUACCGCUGCGUCUGCUACAAGAUUGCCACAUGACAAAGUUGGCCAACUUGAAGAUCGCAUCAAAGAUGAUCCGAAAGGCGACACUGAAGCAUGGCUCGCGCUCAUCCAGCACUAUGUUGAUAAGGACCAGUACCAACAAGCGAGAGAUAUCUACGCUCGUUUCUUCAAGGUCUUCCCAACAGCGGUCUCAAUGUACAUCAAGCGCAUUCAGAUGGAGAAUGACCUUGACGAGCGCGAUCAAGUCGCUGUGAUGUUGAACGAGUCGCUGAUGAAUUUGCCCAAUGUCGAUAUCUGGAAGUUCUACCUCGAUCACGUCCGCCGAGCGCUACCUCUGAUCAACGACACAUCCGGACAGAAUCGCGGUGAGAUUCUAAAAGCCUUCGAGCUGACGCUGGAGCACGUCGGCAUCGACCCAGACGCUGGUAUCAUCUGGAGUGAGUACAUUGAGUUCAUCAAGGAUGGACCAGGAAGAAUAGGCGAGACCGGCUGGCAAGACCUCCAGAAGCAAGAUACUCUGCGAAAAGCAUACCAGCGAGCGGUGAAGCUACCUCACUCGGACUUCAUGCGAUUGUGGAAAGAGUAUGAGACAUUUGAGAUGGGACUGCAUAAGGCGAACGGCCGAAAACACAUUCAGGAGCAGAGUGCACACUACAUGCAGGCACGCACGGCGAAGAUGCAGCUGGAGCAGAAGCUCGCCGGUCUCGACCGCAAGUCGUUUCCGCGCUUACCACCCAUCUACGGCUGCCAGGGAGAAGAUGAGUUCGGUACGCAAGUCGAGAAAUGGCGCUCCUGGGUUGCUUGGGAGAGAGACGAAGAUCCGCUUGCGUACAAGGAUGGAUCGAGCGGAUCGUCGGAAGAAGAUAAGUGGCGGCAGAGAGUGCUCUACGUCUACAAGCAAGCCACUAUGGCUCUCUGCUUCUACCCUGAGAUCUGGUUCGAAGCUGCGUCAUGGUGCUUUACACUUGGCCUGGAAGACAUGGACAACGAAGGCAAGGCAUUCCUCGACAAGGGCAUGGCUGCUAAUCCCGAGUCCGUGCUGCUGGCGAUGAUGAAAGCUGAUCGCGUUGAAAGCUCACUGGAAUCUGGCAACACCGACGAGGUCCUCAUCCGUAAUGGCGAGAAACUGGAUGCUCCCUAUGAAGCCGUGCACACCGCGCUCUAUGCUCUACGCUCGAAGACCCAAGAGAAGGACAAGAGAGCUGUUGCACAGAUCCAGGAACACUUCGCCUCACUGCCACCUGAGGAUGAACCUAUCCACCCGCCUGGUGAAGACGACGAUUCGGAUAUUGAAGACAAGCCUAAAUCGCGCGAGGAGCAAAUGAAAGAGCAAAUCGAUGCUGUCAAAGCUGCUUCCGCUCAACAUAUGGACAUCAUCAAGCGAACGAUAUCUUACGUGUGGGUGGCAAAGAUGCGCGCUUUCCGGCGCGUGCAAGGUCAAGGAAAGCCGACCAAGAAGGGUGAUAACAAUACCAAGGUGGUAAAAGGUUUCCGAGGCAUCUUUGGUGACGCACGACCUCGAGGCCCGCUCAGCAGCGAUGUCUAUAUCGCAUCUGCUUUAAUGGAGUGGCUGUGCUAUCGAGAUCAGUCUGCAGUGAAAAUUUUUGAGCGUGGCAUGAAGCUCUUCCCUACCGACGAGGCGUUCAUCCUUGAAUACAUCAAGCAUCUGAUCAGCAUCGGAGACAUCACAAAUGCAAGAGUUGUGUUUGAGUCGACUUUACCAAAGAUCACUGGCUCUGCAGAGUUCUCAGACCUGCAAAAGAAGGACAAGUGCAGAGCACUCAUCGUCUACAUGCACGACUUCGAAAGCAAGUACGGCGACCUUGCUCAAAUCCACAAGAUCGAGAAGAGGAUGUCGGAACUCUAUCCUGAUGAGCCAGAGAUUUCUCGUUUCAGUGGCCGAUUUAGCCUGCCAACCUUCGACGCCAUGAAUGUUCAACUAGUGCUAUCGCCCACCCAAGCACAACCUAAGGUCUACGAUCCUGCGCAGCUCGCUGCCCAAGCCAGUGCUGCUGCACAUACCAUCGUAAGCAUUGAAGCUCCACGCCAGGUCAGAGAAGGCACGGCCGGACCAGAAAUCCUUCUCGGACCAAAUGGACCAUACGUUGCAUCGCCCAAGCGACCGCUUGAUGAUAGCGACGCUGACACCCCUCAGCGCAAGUUCAUGCGCGGUGAGAGUCCCAUGAAAACAUCUACAACCGCCGUUUUGGGUUCUGGUCAAGGUGCCGUGCGAAUGGUCAGCCAGUCCACAGGUGCGGGAGGCAAAGGAGGAUUUGCGACCAAGACUUUCGUGCCUGCAAAUGCUCCACUCCCUACUCAGCCACCAGCCGCCGCUCCGCCAGGCUUUCCUCCAUCACUGUUCUCUGCACCACCAUUACCGCCACAAGUCGAUGCCAUACUGCGCCUUCUCCCCAGCGCAGCUGCAUACGGCGCCACACAACGCUUCGAUCCUGCCAAGAUCGUCAGUUUUGUGCCUACAUUACCGGUUGAGCAAAAGCGAGCCCUCUUCCAGGCCGGACAGCUUCAUCUUAGUAGGAGGUAGCAUUUCCCCGGCGAAUUCGAAGGCGUCCGGGCCUGGAGUUGGGUCAUUACUAAUGCCAAGGAUGCUUUUUAUUGUACUACCGUGUGAAGCGGGCAACAAAAGCGCAUAGAAAGAAGCAUCAGACACAUGUAGUUAUAGUUGCUGCGAUGAGUAAAUGUCACAUUCAAACUCAUUGGAUUC